AUGGGGAGUCAUAUGAGCAAGAAGACUCCGGAAACAUCAUCUGCGGUUAAUUUUACGACUACCGAAUUGCAAUACAAAACUGAACUCAGUUCUUAUGAAGCGGUAUGCAAGGUAGACAUAGAUUUGCAGACAUUUGAUUCAACGCUUCAAACUAGAACAAAUCAAGUCAUUAAUACUCUAGCUUCCGGCGUUGAAGUUCGCGCUCUUUCGUUCGAUUCGCUUAAACAAAUCACAGAAUGUCUGCUAGAGAUGAAUCAGGAAGUUGUGAAAGUAAUCUUAGAGUGCAAGAAAGACAUAUGGAAAAGUCAGGAAUUGUUUGAAUUAGUGGAAGAAUAUUUCGAAAACAGUUUACAAACAUUGGAUUUCUGUGCUGCAUUGGAGAAGUGUUUAAAAAGAGCUAGGGAUAGUCAGUUGCUUAUUCUCGUAGCGAUUCAACGGUUCGAAGAAGAAUCUGAAUCUGGAGAUAAAUGCUAUGUAAGAACAUUACAGGAACUGAAGAAUUUCAAAACAGCUGGCGAUCCUUUCACGGAGGAGUUUUUUCAAAUCUUUCAAUCUGUUUAUAGACAACAGAUUUUAAUGCUGGAGAAGCUUCAAGUGAGAAAGAACAAGCUCGAUAAGAAGCUGAAUCGCAUUCAUUCAUGGAGGAAAGUUUCGAGUAUGAUAUUUGUGGCUACUUUUGCUGCUGUUUUAAUAUGUUCCGUUGUGGCAGCAGCUAUUGCUGCUCCGGCGGUUGCUGCGGCAUUAGCCGCAGCAACCGCCAUCCCAAUCGGAUCGAUGGGGAAAUGGAUUGAUUCCCUUUGGAAAAACUAUGAGAAUGCAUUGAAAGGACAGAAAGAAGUUAUUGGUGCAAUGCAGGCUGGGACUUAUGUAGCUAUCAAAGAUCUGGACAAUAUUCGCGUACUUAUCGAUCGGCUUGAAACCGAGAUCGAAUCUUUGUUGCAUAAUGUUGAUUUUGCGAUUGAAGAAGAAGCUGUGAAGAUUGGAAUUGAGGAGAUAAAGAAGAAGCUUGGUGUGUUUAUGAAGAAUGUGGAAGAUUUGGGAGUUCAAGCUGAUGUUUGUAGCAGGGACAUUAGGAGGGCAAGAACAGUUGUGCUGCAGAGAAUCAUAAAACAUCCUAACGUUUGA